AUGGACAGUGUUCCAAUAGAACAACGACUGUCCGAAUUUAGGGCAAGGAAACUUCAAAAGAAACCUUUGUCGACACCAUCAACUGCCCCCUUUUUUAGAGGAUUACGGAAUGCUUUUUCAAAUCCAAUUAUAGUUGAUGAAAGUUCAAUGUCAAACAUUUCCCUUGAAGAUGAAGAGAACCAGUUGCUUUCAGAGCCUGAGUCAGUCCAGGCCCCAUUGCCGGACAAGUGGAACCAGAACCUCACCUGGCUUGGACUGUCUCUUAAAGUUCUCCUCUGGUUGGUGCUCUGGGGACUGGCCAUAGAAUUUGGCUUUGGAGCCAUCUAUUUCAUUCUGGCUUCUUUGAUUGUCAUUUACAAAAACACACGAUCGAGCCCUAAGAAGAAAGAUGAGUUGAGCGCUUACUCUGUUUUCAAUCCAGACUGUCAACGACUUGAUGGAACACUUACAGCAGAACAAUUUGAAAAUGAAAUAAGAUAUGGUGGAAUGGCAACAAGAAACUGA